UUUGCUCGGUGCGGCUGCGCACGGCUCGGCUCUGGCAGUUCCUCCGGGGGAGCUUGGCAGGCGCUGGGGAGUCUCCGGAGCUGACCGGGCCCGGGGCAGAUGAUGGACGGCUCUUUUGUCCAGCACAGUGUGCGGGUGCUACAGGAGCUCAACAAACAGCGGGAGAAGGGGCAGUACUGCGACGCCACCCUGGACGUGGGCGGCCUCGUGUUCAAGGCCCACUGGAGCGUCCUGGCCUGCUGCAGCCACUUCUUCCAAAGCCUCUAUGGGGAUGGCACGGUGGGCAGCGUCAGCCUCCCUGCUGGCUUUGCGGAGAUCUUUGGCCUCUUGCUGGACUUUUUCUACACUGGCCACCUUGCCCUCACCCCAGGAAACCUGGAUAAGGUGCUCCUGGCAGCGAGGGAGCUUCGGGUACCUGAGGUUGUGGAGUUAUGCCAAAGCUUCAAGGCUCAGGACUUGGUGGGGCAGGAGCUGGCCAGCCUAGAGACAUCCAUCUCUGAGGAUGUGAAUGGUCACCUCAAGCGGCCACCUGACUCUGAAGAGGAAGACAUGGCCAGGGCUUUCUACACGGGCAUCAGUGCUCCGCAGCCCUGCUCUCCCCAGAGCCCUCCCAGGGCCAAGCCCAGUCCCCCUAGGCAGAGGGAGAGUCCCUCCUCUCCCCAUGAGAGACUCCAGCAAGCUCUGAAGCCCAGCACCCUAACCAGUCCCGGGGACACGGAUUCUCAAGACUGUAAAGACCCCCAGAGACCCUUGAAGGCAGGAGGGGUCCUGCUUCAGGCUGGUAGUAAUGAGUGGGAAGUAGUGGUCCAGGUUGAGGAUGAUGCAGAUGGAGAUGACAUUUCUGAAACAGAGACUGUGCGGACCACAAGGAAGUCAGACACAGCCCCAAAGCCUGGUGCUCUGGAGCCUGCCCUGAGCCUGGGGCCCCCAGUUGCCGAGCCCCCUGGGAACAGAAAAGGUACAGCUGUGCCGGUUGAAUGCCCCACAUGUCAUAAAAAGUUCCUCAGCAAAUAUUACCUAAAAGUCCACAACAGGAAACACACUGGGGAGAAGCCUUUUGAAUGCCCCAAAUGUGGGAAAUGCUACUUUAGGAAAGAGAAUCUCCUGGAGCACGAAGCACGGAAUUGCCUGAACCGCUCAGAGCAGGUAUUUACUUGUUCUGUGUGCCAGGAGACAUUCCGGCGGAGGAUGGAGUUGCGUGUUCACAUGGUGUCCCACACUGGGGAAAUGCCCUACAAGUGCUCAUCCUGCUCACAACAAUUCAUGCAGAAGAAGGACUUGCAGAGCCACAUGAUCAAGCUGCACGGGGCCCCCAAGCCCCACGCGUGUCCCACCUGCGCCAAAUGCUUCCUGUCUCGAACAGAGCUUCAGUUACAUGAAGCCUUCAAGCAUCGAGGAGAGAAGCUCUUUGUAUGUGAGGAGUGUGGGCACCGGGCCUCCAGCCGCAACGGCCUCCAGAUGCAUAUUAAGGCGAAGCACAGGAACGAGCGGCCAUACGUCUGUGAAUUCUGCAGCCACGCUUUCACGCAGAAGGCCAAUCUGAACAUGCACCUGCGUACACACACUGGGGAAAAGCCCUUCCAGUGUCACCUUUGUGGCAAAACCUUCCGCACACAAGCCAGCCUGGACAAGCACCAUCGGACGCACACUGGCGAGCGGCCCUUUAGCUGUGAGUUCUGUGAGCAGCGCUUCACAGAGAAGGGGCCGCUGCUGAGACACGUCGCCAGCCGUCACCAGGAAGGCCGGCCCCACUUCUGCCAGAUCUGUGGGAAAACCUUCAAAGCCGUGGAACAGCUGCGAGUGCAUGUGCGGAGACACAAGGGUGUGAGGAAGUUUGAAUGCACCGAGUGUGGCUACAAAUUCACCCGCCAGGCGCACCUGCGCCGCCACAUGGAGAUCCAUGACCGAGUAGAAAACUACAAUCCCCGUCAGAGGAAGCUGCGGAACCUGGUCAUUGAGGACGAGAAGAUGGUCGUGGUGGCCCUGCAGCCUCCCCCAGAGCUGGAGAUGGGCUCCGCCGAGGUGAUCGUGGAGUCGCUGACACAAGGCGCACUGGCUUCCCAGCUCCCUGGCCAGAGACUUUGUACAGAGGAGAAUUUUUCUAGCACAGAUGUCAUUGAGCAGUCGCUCAUUAUCACUGCCACCAUCCCAGAAGACUGUGACACAUAAGAGCCCCACCCCUGACCCCUCCCCCAAUAAAGGUGUCACUUUGGACUCA